CGCAGUAAUUUGUUAAUUACAAUCAAUUGAUUAUAAUUAACCCACCCACAAGCUUCAUAAGAAAGCCAAUCGUUUCUGAGAAGUGUAGUAAUAAACAGCGAUCUUCAGCCCAUCGGAGGUUUUGUAGGUCCUCUUUUUGUAUCCAAAUUGAUCACCUGAGAUCACCUUUAAUCUUGCAUUCCAACAAAAGCUAACUUCUUAGUCCGUGUGACACGAUGUCUAAUCGUUCGUCGAAUAGUAAGCCUGACAACAACUCCAAGUCUAGGAACAGCAACAGAAACACCAAUAACAACAACAAGGCUUCCAAGGAUGGUGUUGAUUUCCAGUAUCAUCUUUACUAUUUCAUUAUUGGCCUUUGCCACGACAAAUAUAAGUACUCUGCUCUAUAUGAAGGAGAUAUGGCAACGUAUGGCGCCCUGGAUGAUGUGAUACUGAAGAUCAAACAAAAAGAUGGUGUCUCGAGUCCGGAAGCAUUAUACUUUAUUCAAGCGAAACAAUUUCAAAGCAAGGAGAGAAAAAUAUCGCUUUUCGAUUUACUACACCCGAAAGAUGGCUUCACCAAAUAUAUCGAGGCAUACAAAACGUACAAAUUGUCAGAAACGUGCAUUAAAGAUGGUCUACCAACGCAAAUGAUCUACUGGACAUCGCUGGAUAUCCACAGCACCACGAAGCAACUCAUGGAUGUGUUUCAGGACAGUGAAGACCAUUUGAAAAUUAUAAAUGUUGCUGAUACAUCGCAGAUAGAGAAAUACUGGAUUAAAGAUUGGAAAAAGCUGUUCAUCUUUGAAAUUGCUUCAAAAUUAAAGGACUGUGCGGAGUCAAGUGGAAAACUCACUGAAAUUCAGCAAUGUAAAUGUGAAUCCCUUGCUCAAAUGCUUGUUAAGGAAGUAGUAGAGCAGGUACCUCCUGAAUACGAAGAGGACAAACCGAAAUUGAAACUACGCAAAGCGUUUCUGUACCGCGACACCAGUCUUUCAGAAUAUGCUACAAUACUUCGCGAUUGCUACGAUUUGGCUUAUCAGACAGGGGGUAAAAAAGCUGACUGGAGCAAACUGGAAGGAAAGACCUUCGAUGAUAUCUUCGGGGUAAACUUCGAUGCUGACAUAGAUAACACGGAGAGUACGUUCGAGUACAAAGGCUUAACCGAACAGGAGUUGAAUUGGUUUUUUGAACAUUUCAUAUACUACGUCAAUGUACCAAAAGGUGAAAAAAUGGUUACAUGUUUGAACAAUCUGUACAAUGGAAAUUUCAAUGAACAGAUUUUUGAAAAAUAUUUAAUCCCCAAAGGAGACGUUCAUUUGGGUUUCGUACGUGAAUCUUUAAUCGAUUCAAUAAUUCAAACAGUUAAAAUAACUACCGAGCUCAACGUGGCACCAUUAACAAGCAUAGAGUUUAGCGAAUGUAAGGAACUCCAAGAUAUAAUUGGAUCAUUAUUUAAUCCCAUCACAGAACAACAAUUGUUCCCAGAGCAUCAAUUGACCAUCAUAGCAAAAACUCACAUCGAUUGGACCGUUUCGCGAGUUCUCAGGGAGGUUCGAAAAAUGCCAACCACAUGGAUUGUUGUUCAGGAAAAGGAUGAAAAAAGAAUUAAUGAUGCUCUGCAAACUGUUAUUCACGGUGAGAUGCAGACUAUUAUUGCGGUCGAUUUAAAAAAUCCUCCAAAACUACCCAAGCAAUUACGACUGAUUUGCAUCUUAUCACCCGAUUCGAAAUACGCCAAGGGCAGCUUCUUUGAAGAUCAAAUUAGUAUGAACGAUAUAGAAAAAGUACAUUUCGACCAGUUUGGAGACAAAACAUUUAUCAUUGACGAAAAAGAAAUCAAAUUUUCUGAGUGUUGGAGCAAGAAUACGAUAAACGAUAAAAUAGAAACCCUCGCUGAACUAUACGACCUGAGCAAGUUGGAAGUAAAGUCCGACGUUUACGACUACAAUGAAAAACAUUACAUAGAACGGGAGCUGAUCGAGAAAAAUCGAGUCGUGGCGCAAAGUGCGUUAACGUCGGACCAGUCUCAAGCGAUUUCUAUUAUAAGUGAUACAGCAGGCCAGGGAAAAACCAUAGAACUUUUGCGAAUUGCAAAAACUGCGCCACCGGAUACAAUUACCUUGUUCUUCAGGGCUAAAACUAUCGCAAAUGUAAAACUAUCUGGAAAUGUAAACGCGUACCAAUGUCUGUCGAAGCUGCUCCACAUCGAGCCAAGGAGUUCGUUGACGGAUGAAAUCGUUCUACGGUGCCUUGAGCAAAGCACCGUGCUUCUGCUGGUCGAUGGUUUCGAUGAAAUCGUGGAGGACUCUCAAACACUUGUUGUAAAGUUUAUGAAGUGUGCUUUGCAACAAACAUCUUGCUCCCUUAUAAUAGCCACGAGAACGGAAUCCAAAUCCAAGCUGGAGUCUGCUUUCAAAAACGCCAAAUGUUAUACGCUGGGCAAAUUCGCUUAUGAUCAAUACUUUGAGCAGCUAUGGAUAAAAGAUAGGACCGAACCAGCGACAGAAGUGUUAAGAAGCAACUUAAAAUAUUUCAUUGAAAACUUUGAUACCGUGCUUAAACGCGCCGGAUGUAAAAUCUUUCUCGAAGUCCCACAGUUUUGCCGAAUCAUGGGAAGUAUCUAUCAGGAGCGAAUUGGCAAAGAAAAUUUUAAAUUGCACAACAACUACGAAAUCGGCGCCAUCUACGAUGCGUUUGUUCAGAGUCAGUUCGCAAAUACAUUCGAAGGCUAUUUUGACGAAAGAAAGCUGAAGGACCUAAUGGCCGUUAGAGUUUUGAAAGAGAAUUUCUAUACAAGGCACAUGGAAUUGGCAUAUUACAAUCAGUAUAAUCGAUGCAGGAAGGUUAAUCUGUUUAAGGACCUAGUAUAUUACGACUUGAUAAUGAACCAGGAUGAUCAAUACGAAUUUAUUCAUAUUACCGUCAUGGAGUAUUUCCUGGUCCGUUACUUUAUGGUGGAAGAAAUUGGUGAAAGCAACAAAGUUACUUUCUUACGGUUUUUGGAACGAUAUUUCUGCGUUAAUCGGGUUAAUAUCGCGGACAAGUUUAUAGAUUUCUUUUUAAGCAAUGGAACAUGCUAUAAUCAAACCGAAACCAGAAGAGACGUUAUAUUAAAGUAUCUACAAAGCAAUCCCAGAAACCUUCCCGCAUUUGUUAGGACUACCUUAAACAACGCAACAUUUAAUACGCUGAAGCUUCUCUUAACCGUCUCCCCCGAACCGAUGCUGUUGGACCUGUGUUUCCGAUUCGGAUCAGUAAAGCAAACCAACGACGGUAAAAAAGGAAAAGGAAUGGGUGCCACCUACGACGAGUCCAUCGACAAUGAGAUCAACCUAAAGCGCCUUGGUGAAAAUCAAAUGAUUCUUUUGCUGCAGGCCCUGGAAGAGAGCUGCAGUGACAGACCAAAGAUUAUAGAAAAUGUGCUGUUCCCAACCGAUCCCAAUGAAGAGGACUUUAUUGAAGUGUCCCUUCGGAAACCUUUUCCGGAGGUGUUCGAUAAAGUAGUCAAUUAUUGUACCAAAAAUUGUAUCGAAAAAUUUAAAGACCAUAUAGAGGCCAGGCUCGAGCAGUACGCAGUAGUUAUCGUCCAACACUGUUAUGCCGAGAACAAGGAACGUAUGAUUGAUAAAAUAACGCAACUUUGCAAGGACAAACUUGACGCCGGUACCAUUUCGAGUUAUUUGAAGAGUUUUGAUUUCUUUAAAAUUUUGGUGGAAAACAUAGAGGUAGUAACUGCUGGCAAGAAAUUUAUUGAAACAGAUCGUCUUAAUUUAUUGGGAAAAAUUCUCUCCAUGCUGAGUGAGUUUCUCGACCCGGAAAGUCUAGCCGUGAGAAAGCUGCAAGGUAGGGUGCAAAUUAUUGCUUUAACAAAUGAAUCCAUCAAAAACCGCUUGAACGAGUGGUUGGAUGAAUAGUUGUAAUCUUUAUCCAUGGUUAUCAGACGUCUGCUAUCUAUAGACUUUGAUGAUAGGAAAUCCAAUAAAGAUAAGGAGGCUAUAUUUAUCUAAACUAUCCAUACACAUGCUAGUGGCAACCGCUAUGAUACUACACAAUUGGAAGGAUAAUCAACAUUGGCUUUAACAUUUGUGUUAAACUGUUUCGUAUAAAAUCAAAGUAUUAAGGAAACAAGCAGGGCAAGAUUCCCCGGUGGUGUAAAAU